CGAAAAAGUUUGUAAUUAUUACGUUUCUAUAGAUCUAAAGCUGCGGCAGAUUUAUAGGGAAGGGAAGAACAGUACUUAAAGGAAGUUCUCCAAGUGGGAACUUUGACCAACUUAAGUGAUUUUCUGGAUACUUUUAUUAGAGGGAUAGGGGAGGUCGAUUGGAAUAUUGCGCUGCGGUGGCUUGUAAAAUCAUUGGUGCAUGAGCACCAGGUGGUUACCAGACCGAAGACCUAUGGAGGAGGUAGACAGUAGAUUGCAGAUAAUACUCUGGAUGGCCGAUUUGUUCGCGGUAUAAGGUAUUAUGCAACCAAUUGAGGAUGUAUUUCUGGUGGAGAGAGGCGGCUUGAAGAGGAAAAAUAGAAAGAAGCGCGCGCGUAGCGCGUCCACGUGCUCUCAUUCUUCCCCCAUGACGACCGACGUGCAAUCAAAUGCAAUGCUUCACAAGUUGUUUCCUUGGAAACAUAACAAAACAAAAAUCAUGGCCGAGCCAGUGUUGGAGGAAGAUGUAAAUCUGGAGGAGAAACUUACACCGUGCGGGAUAUGCGGGAGGACAUUUUUGCCGAAACCGUUGGCGAAACACGAGAUCGUUUGCGAGAAAAACGCGACAAAGAAACGGAAAAUCUUUAACUCGUUGAAGCAGCGCGUUGAGGGUACAGAUCUAGCUCACUUCCACCAACGCACAUAUCUAAAGAAGCCAGAGAUAGUAGAGGAAAUUCCGAAGAGCGCCUGGAAGGAAAAGCACCAGCAGCUGGUGAACGCAAUACGCGCAGCGAAGAGCGCUCCGCAGAGGAUCGACCAUAUCCAUACAAAACGUGUUCCGGUCACCAGCUCUGGUUGCGAGAGAUGUCCGACAUGCGAUCGACAGUUCGGCCCGAAGGCUUUCGACAGACACGUGGAGUGGUGCAAGGAGAGGAAGGCGAGACUUCCCCAAUCCCCGGCGAACAUAAUGCAGGCCAAGGAGAGGCUUGAGGCUAGGAUCAAGUACAGGGUUCCACCACUGAACAAACCCAAGCGAUCGGUGAAAGAGAAAUACCAAAGCCCGUACAGGAACGAGAACAUUCCUGUGUCUCGCAGCACCGGAAAUUUGGAUCGAAAGCCGAGCAUUCGCAGAGACGGCGGAAGCACUUUGAACUUGAAGCCCGUCAAGCCAGAGUCGCGGAGUCCAGAAGCCAGAUCGGAAACGCCCAAGGCUAAAGUGGAAGCCGCGAAGAGACAGGAAACCUAUGACCCGUAUAAGACAGCGCACAAACAGUUCCUGGAACUCCUCGACGAGGAUCAGGAUACAAUCAAACCGACUCUAGUCGUGACUAAAAAGAAGAAACCAACAAAACGGGCUUCGGUGAUUGAUCCUCCGUGCGAUUUCCGCGACAAUUUCGAACUGAUCGAGAACUUCAUCAACGAAAACCUCAACGACGAAAAUCUGUUAAAGAAGCUUGAUUUUGACUCUAUCUCUUUAUCGAGUAACAAAACCACAUUCUCAGAGACGACGUUGUAUGAGAUAGAUCCGCGCUUGAUCAACGAAUUCGAUAAUCUUUCUAUACCUGACAUUCUUCCCACCGACGAGAACAGUCCUUCGCCGCCUAAAAAGUCUUUAGUCCCCCGCAAGACCAAAACUCCUAAUGUAAAUCGUUCCAGUUCCAUCCGAUCGGCAAGUCCUCGAGAUCGAAUCAAGAAUCUCAAUACGCUGAAAAAGUCCAUCACUGUUCUGGAUACUGUAAAACCGAAAAAUUUAAAGAACAAGGAGGAUGUGCAGAAUUUUCUUUACGAAAGGGAAAUAUCGCGCAGUCCCAAAAAGAAGCCGGACGUUGUGCCAGUUCCAGUUGCAGAUGAUCUGUUUUCCAUUGAUGAUGAAAUGUACGAGGAGUACAAGAGGUACGAGCAGAUGUAUCUACAGGAGAAGGAAGAGAAGAUGAGGAAAGAGCAGAAGAUGCACAGCGAGGAGGAAACAAUUUCAAAGAUUAGCGGGGAUUCUGCCUAUGGAAGCCUGAGUCGUAAUAAGCCCAAGGUUCGCACAAAAGUUGUUAAACUUUCACCCCUAGAACACGAAAGUCAAACUUCCAGUGGAUCAGAGAUCUGCAUCAGCGCAAAGACCAUAGCAAGUGCAAUGAAACAUCCUCAAACCAACUUUUCAUCUAACAAGGAUACUGGUGGUGGUUGCUGCAGCGGUAAAAUGACUAAAUUUUGCCACGAAUGCGGCAACAAAUACCCAGUGACAACGGCUAAAUUUUGCGUGGAAUGCGGAGUCCGGCGAUUGGUAUUGUGAUAAUUUUCUUAAUAAUUUUCUUUUUAUUUCCUACUUACAUCUCUUACCUACCUAUAUACACACAAAC